AUUGGUUUUUCAACAACUCGUCCCGUAUCGCACAAAAUCCCUUUGAUCAGAACACUUUCUCUCCAAAGUUCGAACAUAACACCUACAUGAAAAUUCUCAACACCUCAUCCUGUUCCUCCUGGCAGAACUUUCAAUCUACCUAAGCAACAAAGUCGCCACCUCUUCAAACAUGGCAACUACAGAACCCUCAUCAUACGCGGCCGACAUCCUCUCAGAACCCAUAGUCAAAACCACCGAGACAAUACAUGUAGAAUUGACUCCCCACGACUUGGAUUCACUAGCAGCAACACGCUUCGUGCGAUCCCCCUCAGCCGGCGCAACCGUCCUCUUCAUCGGCACAACACGCGACUCUUUUAAUGGCCUACCCGUUAGUUCCCUUGCCUAUACAUCUUACCCACCUCUUGCGAUCAACACCCUCUCCACCAUCGCCCAAGCUAUCCUCACCAAGCACCAAUGCACGAAGAUCGCUAUAGUGCAUAAGUUGGGUGAGUGCCCGAUUGGUGAGGAGAGCAUUGUGAUUGCGGUUAGCGCACCGCAUCGCCAGGCUGCGUGGCGGGCAGGUGAGGAGGCGCUCGAGGAGACGAAGGCUAAGGCGGAGAUUUGGAAAUUGGAGAGGUUUGAGGGUGGGGAUGGAGUGUGGAGGGCGAAUCGGGAUGGGGUUAUGGGAGUUAAAAUCGAUGAAGGGGGAAAGAAGGGGGAGUAGAGAUGUUACUUCCACAGAUGCUGAUGUCAAGGGGUUUGAACAGGAGCCAUAGCGAUUGGAGUGGGUGGUGGACGUAGCCAGAUUGGAGCAACGAGGAGUCUCCAGUCGCGGUAGAAAAAGUGUAUAACGAUGCUCCUGUUAAGGAUGAGCAAGUUGGGAUGAAUGCGAUACGAGAAGCUAAAACAUCGGAGGUCACCUUUGUUUGCGACACAAGAACUACGCGAUGCAUCAUGUUCUUCUCUACUGAUUGUCGUUCAAUGGUAUGAACAGAAGUAGCAUUUCGACCAAGGUCUUCACUAAGUCUAAUAGUACUAUAACAUUUCAUUCGUAAGAACCU